AGCGAGACAUUGGAUUAUCAGCUUUUUUUGUGGCGUUUACGUGAAGAUGUGAAAAUCGAAAAUCUCGAACAUAAGAAAAGUACAAGCUUUGGUCGGUUUUAUUCCGUUUCCCAUUUUUCUUUCCAAGCUUUCUCGCCGCAGAAUCUCUCAUAAGCUCCAAACUUCAUUUCCCAGAUAAGUUUCCUUGCCAAAGAGAAAUCUUGCUCGUUUUUCUUCUGUUCAAGUUCUAAUCUGAACUUGCUAGGUGGUGUUUGUUGUUUUUUGAACUGGGAUUUGUUUUUUCUUUGGAUAAGAAGUAAGAAAUCCUGAUUUGGAGUGGUUGAACAACUACUUUUCGCUUCUGUUAUUUGAUUCUUUGGUUUUCUUUCUUCUUCUUCUUCUUCUUCUUCUCCUUGUUCUUCGUUUAAUGUGUAUAUAAAUUCUUGGCGCGUUUGAGAGAGAAGCCAGUUGAGAUUUCGAUGGCGAAACAUUGGUUUUGAACUUCUUUUGUGGAAAUUGGUGCUCGAUUGGAGGUUACAUGUGAAUCUGGUUGUGGGUUCUGUUCUAUAAGCAUAUAUGCUUUGGAGAAUACUGAGAAACUAAUGUUUUGAAGUUAUUUAAUCAAUUCUCACCCUGUUGAAGUGUUUAUGCAAUAGCAGUUGUUGGGAUACAGUUGUUUAACUCUUGGUCUUUGUCAUUGAUCGCCAAUUUCUGGACUUUAUAUUAGUUCAGAUUUUGAGGUUUUAGUUGGAGAAAAUACAUUUAGUUAGUUUAGUAUUUUAUUGCAGCUGUUGAGCUUGUGAAUUUUGUGUCAUGAUGGGGAAGCAAAAUGACAAGAACAAGAAGCGGGCAGCUGGGCAGGGAGUUGACAGCAAUGGGAAGCAAAAUAGCCGUAAAGCUUAUGACAAGGACACUGCAGUUUUUAUUUCCAUGUCUCAAGAAUUGAAGGAAGAAGGCAACAGGCUGUUUCAAAAGAGGGACCAUGAAGGAGCUAUGAUGAAGUACGAGAAAGCCAUCAAAUUGCUGCCCAGGAAUCACAUAGAUGUGUCUCAUCUUAGGAGCAACAUGGCUGCAUGUUAUAUGCAGAUGGGUGUCAAUGAAUACCCUAGGGCAAUACAUGAGUGUGAUCUGGCACUGCAAGUCACACCUAAGUACAGUAAAGCACUAUUAAAGAGGGCAAGGUGUUACGAAGCUUUGAAUAGGCUGGAUUUGGCUUUGAAUGAUGUUUCGACGGUUUUGAAAAUGGAGCCGAAUAAUAUCAUGGCAACCGAGGUUGCAGAAAGGGUGAACAUCGCGCUUGAGCGUAGAGGACUAAGGGUGAAUGGUACAGUCAUUGAACUGCCUGCAGAAUAUGUUGAACCUCCUAGCACUUCAUCUGUGCCAACGGCAUUGAAAGAGAAGAAGCCGAAGAAGAAAAAUAGAAAGGUUGAGGAGAAGAAGGCUAAGGAUGAGAGUGAGGCGAAAAAGGCUGAGAAGGCGGCUAAGGAUGAAAUUAAGGAGAAGGCUAAGGAUGAAAGUGAGGCGAAAAUGGGUGAGAAGGCGGCUAAGGAUGAAAUUGAGGAGAAGAUGGUAGAUAAGAAGAUUGAGGAGAAAGAGACUGAGGAUAAGGUGGUAGUAGAGCAGCAAAGUAGCGGUGCAAAGGAAGAAUCCAAGAAGACUGUGAAAUUGGUAUUUGGUCAGGACAUAAGAUGCACUCAGGUGCCUCUUAAUUGCAGCCUCCUGCAACUCAGAGAAGUCAUAUCUGAUCGGUUUUCGGGCAUAGGAGCAUUUCUCAUCAAAUACAGGGAUCAAGAAGGGGAUUUGGUAACAAUAACCACUGAUGAAGAACUGAGAUGGGCUGAAGCAUCAGCUGAAUCCAAGGCCUCUAUCAAGCUGUAUUUAGUGAAAGUCAAUCCUCAGCAGGAUCCAUUCUAUUGGAAACUUAACAAUGAGAAGUUACACAAAAUCGAUUUGCAACAAAAAUUGGUGAAUGGGAACAUGGACAAAGGCGAAGAAGCAGAAAAUGGAUCUUGUCAUAUUGAUGAAUGGAUAGUAGAGUUUGCUACGCUAUUUAAAGACCAUGUUGGGUUUGAUUCUGAUGCAUAUCUCAGUCUUCAUGAACUUGGUGUUAAAGUAUAUUCUGAGGCUAUGGAAGAGGCAAUUACAAGUGAAGAAGCACAAGACCUUUUUAACACAGCAGCAGGGACGUUCCAAGAGAUGGCAGCUUUGGCAUUGUUCAACUGGGGAAAUGUUCAUAUGUCUAGAGCAAGGAAGAAGGUUUACUUCACGGAAGAUGCUUCAAAAGAAUCCAUUCUCGAACGGAUAAAAAGUGCAUACGAUUGGGCACAGAAGGAAUAUGUUGAAGCAGGACAGAAGUAUGAAGCAGCAUUGAGAAUCAAACCAGAUUUCUAUGAGGCUCUUCUGGCUCUAGGGCAUCAGCAGUUUGAGCAGGCAAAACUUGCUUGGUAUUACACUGUUGGCAACAAUGUUGAAUUAGAACCAUGGCUUCCAGAAGAGAUUGUGCAACUCUAUAACAGUGCUGAAAACAACAUGGAAAAAGGCAUGCAGAUGUGGGAAGAACAGGAAGCACAACGCCGAAAUCAACAGUCUAUUUCACUUAAGAUUGAAUCUCAUUCAGAGAAAACAGGUUUGGAUGGGCUAUUCAAAGAUAUAUCAGCAGUAGCUGCUGCUGAGCAGGCGAAGACCAUGAGGUCUCAGAUUAAUCUCCUAUGGGGAACAAUACUCUAUGAGAGAUCAAUUAUGGAAUUCAAAUUAGGGCUACCAGUCUGGCAAGAUUGUUUGGAAAUUGCAGUUGAGAAGUUUGAGCUUGCUGGUGCAUCACCAACAGAUAUAGCUGUUAUGAUAAAGAACCAUAUUUCAAAUAAUAGUGCAUUAGAAGGUCUAGGAUUUAGAAUUGAUGAAAUAGUACAGGCGUGGAAUGAAAUGUAUGAGGCGAAAAAAUGGCACAGUAGAGUUCCUUCCCUCCGGUUAGAACCUAUACUUCGGCGACGAGUUCCCAAACUUUAUCAUGCUCUGGAGCUUGCAUGAGGAGCACGCUUGGAAAAUCUUAUAUCAUGUCUUCAUCUAGAAUGGGUGAACUCUUGCAUGCUAAGGUAUGUAUAUGAAAUGAAUACUCUCUCACUUUAUAAGUGUCAUUUCUUUUAAUCAAGUUCAUUUGCAGAUGAUAGACAAACAUGUACGAGAUUCAUCCAUCCUUUGCUAUGAUUUUAAAGUUCAGAUUAAUAUGUCAUUUUGCUGCUUCUAAGAACAAGAAGCUAGCUUUUUUAGCAGCUGUUCUCUUGCAAUAAAAUGUCUAGCAAUCAGCAAAUUUCAGGUGACCCAAGGAUUUCUGCAGGUGUUUUCCUCUGUGUUAACUCUUGAUUAUAUAUUCUGCAGGUUUCUUGCAAUGUACCUUUGACAUUCAGUCUCAGCCAUGUUACUUCAGACACAGAAGCAGUUUGUUCUGGAAUUACUUUGUGAAAAAUGUUGUUAGAAAAUAGGUUCUUCUUUUGCUUAUACAUGAUGGGGACACGCAGCAGCAGAGAUUUCCUUUUUGUUGAUUUCUGCCUUCACAUAUGAUCGUCUCCCCAGUGUUUAGUCUAGUAAAAAAGGUCAAGGUUAUUUGUAUUUGUCAUUCAUUUGUCAAGUAGUUUCAAUAAUAUAUAGUUUGUCAAGAAUUUAACUGCAACCUUUGUACUGAUUCUAGUUGUGUUUAGUCUGUUUUAGGAAAGAACAGUAUGACUGGUUUCACUUUACUAGAUUAAAUGAACUGUCAGUUGCUGAUGUGCUUUUAACUUCCAAUGUUUAUACUC